AACCAUGUUCAAAUCAGUUGCGCUAGUUUCCACUUGUUCCUGUAACCGGACACUGUACAAAAACGGGUACCUUUAACAUAAAGGAAUGAUUGUGAAGUUUAGUUUUUCCUUAUUAGCAGUAUUAAUAAUACAGGCACAAGCUGCAACUCACAAUGUAACACCGAUUCCCAGGAAAGACGCACCAUUUUCUUAUCGAUUAAGCAAAGUCGUCAAUGGACAAACAGCUGACGAAGGUCAGUUUCCUUGGCAAGUGUCCAUCCGAGCCACACUAGGACGAUCUAUAACCGUGUGUGGAGGUUCACUGAUCGCACCACAAUGGAUACUUACUGCCGCGCAUUGUGCCAAGGAUUAUACUGGAUUCCAGAUAGGUUUUGGAUCGACUUACCUAAAUGUUCCACGACUUACGAUGUCGACUGUUACUAAGAUCGUUCACCCCGAUUUCGAUCCUAUUCGAUUGCAUAAUGAUGUGGCUGUGAUAAAACUACCGUCAUCUGUUCCGUUUAGCAACGAAAUACAUCCAGUUCUACUACCGUCCAUGUCUUAUGCAGCCAAAACGUUCCACAAUACCAAGGGUGUUGUAUCUGGAUUCGGCAGAACCUCAGAUGCCAGUCAAUCGAUUUCCAAUGUACUGAAAUUUGAAUAUGUGCGAAUCAUUUCCAACGCGGAUUGCGCCACAGUUUACGGAACCUCGGUAAUCCAAGACUCAACCAUGUGUGCAAUCGGAUGGGAUCAUACGAAUCAGAACGUAUGUCAAGGUGAUUCCGGUGGUCCAUUGGUUGUGAAAGAGAACGACAAUUAUGUACAAAUCGGAAUUGUAUCUUUCGUAUCGAACCGCGGGUGCAGCACCGGAGACCCAUCUGGUUAUAUACGAACUGCAUCGUUUUUGCCUUGGAUUGCACAACAGAUAGGUGUACAGCUCAGAGCUUAAUUGUAAUUCGCUCAAGGUUUGAGAAAAAAACAUAUCACAUAAAAUCCCUUUGAAAAGCUCACAUAUUGGAAUAAAUUAUUU